AUGGACUCUCCCCUCGACGCCCUAGACCCGAACGACCGGAACCACACCUACACCGAAACGGCCGGUCUUUUCAUCCGACAAUACUGGCAUAUCAUUCUGUCUGUGAUCUUGAUCGGAAGUGUCCUCCGCACCCGGUACCUCUCCCCGCUCCGGAGCUAUCCGGGCCCGGUCCUCGCGUCGACUACCCGUCUUUGGAAAGUCAUCACCACCGCGUCCGGCCGCUCGCACUUACACCAUGUUGCGUUGCACCGAAAGUACGGACCCGUCGUACGCAUCGGGCCCAACGAAGUAUCUAUCGCCUCACCGGAGGCUGCUAGACACGUGCUGAGCGCUGGGAAGAGGUUUUACAAGACGGCGUUCUACGGAGUGUUUCCUCCGCCAGAAAACCCGGACAUCUUCACUGAGGUCAACGAGGAGGCUCAUGCGCGCAAAAAGAAGGUUGCCAACGUGCCUUACAGCAUGGCGGCGAUGCAACAUCUGAGCCCCUUUAUUGACGACACCAUCGAUCUGGUGGUGGCGAAGCUUAGCGGAUUCGCGUCGGCGCCUAUGGAAUACAAGGCAGACAAGUCCGUGGACCUGGGAGCAUGGUUGCAUUACUUCGCAUUUGAUGUUUUGGGAGAAGUAGCCUUCUCGCGGAGCUUCGGCUUUCUAGCCGAGGGAAAGGACGUCGAGGAUGCCAUCGCGACGAUAGAUCGCUCACAGGCAUACAAUGGCAUUGUUGGUCAAAUCCCCUGGGUGGACCAUCUGCUCCGUCGCAACCCUCUUUGGAAGCUUGUGCCAAGUCUGGACACCAAGAACGCUCCGAUCACGAGAAUCGCGCUAAGUGAGAUGGAGAGACGACGACCGUUUGACAAGGAGAGUGAGGGUAAGUUGAGGAAUGAUGACGGAAGGCAGGAUCUUCUGGCAAGUCUGGUCAAGGGGCACCUGAAAGACCCUGAGAGAUUUACCGAGGGCGACGUCUUCGCUGUUGCUCAUGGGGCGAUCUUUGCCGGCUCGGACUCCACUGCCUCAACUAUGCAGUCAUUAUUCUGGCACGUUUUAUCCUCACCAGACGUUCAUAAAAGGCUAGUAGACGAGAUCACCGAAGCUGUCGAUGCCGGUGUGCUUCCCGCCACAGGAAACAUUUCAUGGAGUGACGCCCAAGGUCUUCAGUACUUCCAAGCUUGCCUGAAGGAAGCCAUGCGGGUGCGGCCUGCUGUUGGGCUCAACAUUACGCGUGUUGUUCCCCCUGAGGGCGCGGAGCUGGACGGGCACUUCUUUCCUGGCGGCACCGAAAUCGCAGUCAACGGAUGGGUCUUGCACCGAGACAAGCGCACAUUUGGCGAGGAUGCAGACGACUUUCGGCCGGAAAGAUGGCUGAUUGAGGUUGACAAUGCCAAGAAAAUGGAGAGAUACAUGUUCCAGUUUGGCGGAGGCAGCCAUGUUUGCAUAGGACGCAAUCUAGCACUGCUCGAGAUCAACAAGAUUGUACCACGACUUUUCAGAGACUUCAAGUUUGAGUUGGUCCAUCCAAGUCAGCCGCUGAAGGCUGAUGCCACGUUUUUCGUGGUGCAGGAAGGGCUUGAGGUCUAUGUUCAGAGGCGGGACUUACUUUAG